CCUAAUUGUUGUGAUAAACUUAUUAAAUAGAAACAACGAUGCAUGAUGACGAGGAGAGCAGAUAUUUCUUUGAGCUUGAUGUUGAAGUUCCUCCUGAAUUGACAUCAAAUUUCACCCUCGCAGCCCGAAAUGCAGGUAUUCUUGCUGCUCAAACUCAGUCUCAGUUUGACUCGCUGUCGGACUUCGUGCAAGCCCAGAACGCGUGGAGCUACAACAAUACUCGAUAUAAGAACAAGUUGAAAUAUCGGAUCAAAUGUGGCAAGUGUGGAAAGGAGUACAAGUGGAUGUUGCCUGUCAUGGUCCACGCAAUAGCUCCAGACAACUGCGAUGUGUUCGACAGACUUCAGUUUAAAUCUUCCCAACCAUCUGAGUGCCAACAUUGCGAGGCGUACGUUUCAUCGGAUUGCAUGGAGUUCCAUCUCUAUACCAGACACAUAUCGAAAGUGAUAGCUUUGGCUGACAUGGGCGAGGUCUCCAUCAGGAAAUACAUUUGCGACAUGUCUACGAAGUAUUUCAUCGUCAACUGUGAUCAGUGCAACUUCAACAUCAAAACUAAAAUGAGCCCCAUCACAGCUGCUGACUUCUUUUACAGACACUGGAAACUCUGUCAAUCAUACCGCAGUUACCAGCAACAACAUGAUCAAUCUGAAAAACGUCGGAUGCUUGAGCGUUUCACCUUUCGAUGUAACAAAUGUUCGAGCGUGCUUGACUUCAAAUCUUACGUGCGGCAUUCGGGGUGUGGAGAUGUUAGAUCUUUCGAAGAGGAUCUUAAUGUAAGCGGUAAUAAGCAAUCUGAACUGCCAAUGGCGAGAGGCCUCAAACGAUCUUCAGUGGCAAGGGGGAUAAACUUCAAGGACAUCUAUGGCGAAGAUUGUGACAAAGAUAACCAGAAAGACUUUUCGUUCAAUGCCACAGAUAAAUCUCUCGAAGAAGUUUCUCAAGAAGAUAUCAGUUAUGAAAACCUCAACGACACAACUUCAAGUAUCGACCCCUCGAUUUACAGCGAUUUAGAAGAACUCAGGAGAAAUGCUUCGAACUACUCUUCUCCUGUUAAAGUUCCUACACAAGCUGCAAGUAGUACUGUCAGAAGACACUUUUCGUUGGACGAAAUAUCAUCACAGUUAGCUGACAAAUCGGAAAUAAUGAAGAUAAUCGCGUCUUGGGGUACACUGUUUCCCAAUUUGACCCCGAGGCGUAUUGAAACUAACUGCAACUCCGAUAUGUCUUCAAUGAAAUUUAGGUGUUCGACAUUUGACAAGAUUUCUGUCAAAGAUGCCAGCGUCCCAGCUCCUGUUCCAUCCGAAGUGUCACUCCUCUCAGAAGGGUCGGCAGUUUUCAACACUGGAAACACUCCCGUGUCGUGCACAAUAACAAGUCUUAUGGAGUCGCUGCUCGUUGUAGUGGCAACUAGAUUAGACGAUACUAUUAAAUAUCCGGCUUCGGAGAGAAACGAAAUGACCCAUACGCUUCAGCUUUGGAAGUUGAGUGGAGACCUACGCUCAGUAUCUCUGCAUGGUAACCUUGCAGUUACAGGGUUGCACUGGCGACUGCAGUGGCUUGACAUGAGACCGAAUACGUCUAAUCCCUUUGUGCAGUGUCUCGCAGGCGCAUCAUCUGCCGGGUAUCUCUCGAUAACUCCCAUCGACCUCUCCCAUUUUAACGGUAACAAAUCUACAAUUAUCAGCUACGCGGAUGUAAAAUUGACUCCCAAAGUGGACAUGGGCCAAUGUUUAUGCUUCGACUUUCUCCACGUGGAUCCAGAACUGACCAAGGCAAUAGCUGGCUUCUCAAAUGGAUCGAUUGCUAUUUGGAUUCUGAAAAAUGAUAACAUCAUUUUAAAUGAGGCUGAGUCAACUCAGAUUUAUCCGGCAAUGAUAUUUGUUGCUCAUUUGAGUUGCGUGACUAAUGUAGUCUGGAAUAAAUACAACCCGGAUCAUUUCGCUUCAACAACAGCAAUGAUUGAAGAAUCUUUGAAGAUCUGGAGCUUAGCUAAUGUCGCGGAUGGUCCUCUUCUAGUAUCUUCCAUGUAUCAAAUGUGUGGCCUAUCCGCUGAUCCAUACAUAUCUGGAUUCAUUUUCACUGUGACUCACUGCAACUUGACCAAAUCUACCUUCCCCAGCUCACUUCUCACUACGGAACAGGAGCUGUACAGUACAAACAUUCGAAUUCUUUACCAUGAAAAGUUAGACAGAUUAGCUGUCACUGGAACACAUUUCCACUACGACGGCAACUUCAUUUUUAUUGCAACGGAGGAAGGAUAUCUGUUCAGAAGUGACUCUAGAUUGACAGUGGUCCCUAAGAAAGCUAAAAUCCAAUCGUGCGCUGUGGUCAUGAAAGUAUCGGUUGAUUCACAGCAGAAAUCACUUGUGUUUAGAGAUUCAUAUAUCACACCGACUGAUUCAAAUAAAUUCCCCGAUGAAGAAAGUAUAAUCAAGUUUGUCAGUAGUUACCCUAUCAAUAGUUCCAACUAUUUAAUCUGUACAGGUCUAGCUUGUGGAUUAGUUCGGAUUAAACUAAUGAAACUGCUAAUAUAGUUGUUCUGUUCCAAUUGUGUAGUUUGGCUUUGAACCUGAAAAUUUUUGUGUUUGGUUAAAAAUUUAAUAAUUGUGUUAAUUUUUCGUUUUACGAGAAAGUCUACUUGUUCACAAAAGUUUUAUAUUUGAUUUAAUAAAAUUAUUGUCCUGAUGUCUCGUUCUCCACAAUUGCUUGUAUAAAAUAUGCGCUUGCGAUUACAAUUAUUGUGAGAACAGACAUAUUUGGUCAGCAGAUAUUUUUUGAGCAUAUCUGCUCUUUAUAUUCACGUUUUAUAAAUAAGUGGAGCAUAAUGUGGAGCAAGCAUAAACAAGUGGAGCAAGGCUAAUUUUUGUUUUUCUAACCUAAAUCGCAAAUAUUAUUGCUACUUUUUGGUGGCAUUUUUGCGGCAGGCAGCAUUGGCAGUUUAAUCGCUAUUUGUUCCAUA